CCAGCUCAUUCCAAGUUUCCAACCUCAUUUCACACCUGUGCACAUGCAUCAGCACAACGUUAGAUGGGAUCGGAUGCUCUAUCGAAGUUGACCAAGGCCGGCGAGAGCGCCUGGAAGUCGUUCCAGCAAAGAUGGUACGGCUGGAAAGGAAAAGGGGCCAACCUGAUGCGCAAUUGGCAGAAGCCAUUCGUCAGAAGAAUCUCUAUCUCCGACAAAUUGCGGCGAAGAUCACAGGCAACUCGGAAUCCGAAGUGCCUCCACUCAUAUGCACAGCACAGGCACCUAGCCGUGCAGUCUUCUUAAUCACCACGCCAGUUGCUUUUGGCAGGCUUGAAGUCUCUAAGAAUACCUAUGAUCUUCUCGCCAAACAUUUUGGUAUGAGUCUGAACAGCAUCUCACAUUGGGCUGUGGUAGUCGUUGAUCGCGGGCUUGGGCCAACCUACGCGUACGACUUGAUGAGCGAUCAGUUGAAGGUGCAGAUGCUGAUGAAUAAUUAUCUCCGCGUGUACGAAGCUACUGAGCAAUUCAUCGCGACAUGGAGCUCGUGCUACUAUGUGGGAGAGACAACAAAGAGAAACGAGGAAAUCCAGGCCCUGGGUGAAAACUUCAUCGCCACAAACAGGCGAUACAAUCUGCUCUCGAACAAUUGCCAACAUCUUACAGAGAAUCUUGUCCGGGAGCUUUGCAAUGGCAAGAUGAUUAGCCAAGCCAAGCUGGAAGAAGAAAUCCGCCUCCUCUCGCCAAAGCUUGCGCGCGACUUGAUGGUAGCGAGGCUGAGAUCUAAGCUUGACAAGGAGGACCAAAAAGAAGAUAGUGCGUCUGUGCAAAGCGAUGUCUUUACGAUAAAGGAGUUGUGGGGCAGGAUCAAACAGUAGCUGUUUUGUAGAGUUUUGUGACCUCUCCCACCGCUUUCCCACUGUCUAGCUGUCUUUCGACGA